AUGGCACUGUGGGCAGAUAGGAUCACUGUUAAGAAGGCCAUAGGAACAUCUCCAUUUGAGCUAGUAUACGGAUCUAAAGAAAGGAUGCCAAUAAAUAAUAUGUUGCCUAUGUACAAGUUCAUCCAUGAAAAUGACUUGGAAAUAUUAGAUCUAUUGGAGGAAAGAAUGGAGAUACUUGCAAAAUUGGAUGAAAGUAGAGAAGAUGCUUAUAGGAAGAACUUGAAGCCACAACAAAAAAAUAAGUACCUAUUUGACAAAAAGGCAUCAAAAAGAAAAUUUGAAAUUAAUGAUUUGGUACUGCUUUGGAAUGAUAGAGCCCAAGAUAAAGGAAAACAUGGCAACUUUGAAGCAUUGUGGUUGGGGCCAUUUGUUGUUGUGGAGAAGAAUAGUGAGGAUUCAUACUUCCUCAUGGAUAUAAAUGGUAAAAUGCAGGAACUACCAGUGCAUGGAUAG